AUUAUAAAGCUUGAUAUUGAAAUAUUGUUCCAAAGUAUUCCAAUCUUUCUUCCUUUCUUUCAAACCCAGUUACAGACGCAUGUUUUAUCUUCAUUUCUGCUCACAUGUGGCAGAUUCUCCCGCGCACAUCAGGGGGAGAGAAAGGUUUCCCUGCUGCUGGAACAGCUCGUAUGAGAGCUGCAAAGUAGUCCGUAAGAAAGUGGAGUGACGCACACUUACCAAUAGAGGAGUUUUUGAUGAAUUACAGGCUUUCAGUGGAGGCGUUCAGAGAGUGCGCACCUGCGUACCACCAGCAGUGUCCGUGCCCAGGAUACAACUGCUGCUCCGCCGCCUGGAAAACCACCGCGAGGACGGACAUUGUUUUGGAAACGCCUGAUUUCUUUUCUUUCUUUUUUUUUUUUCUUUUUUUUUUCUUUUUAACAAUGAGUGGAAUUUGUUCUGGAUUACAAACUAUGAGGCGCCUCUCCUCCUCUCCCCUCGCGCUCUCCUCUGAGCAGCUGUGACCAUCGCGUGCAGACACCGACACGCGCCGUCCUCGCUCUCAGCUCCACUUGUUGUCACCCUGCGAGAAAACAUGUCGCCCAAAUUACUGUCCUGUGUCUUUCUGCUGUCAGUCAUCCAUACCUGCUCUCUAACACUGGAGUACGAGGGGGACUAUGAGGAUGUCACUGUGAACCAGAUGCUGGCUCCUAAAUCCCACGAAACCGACGCCACGGAAAUACUCAACAAUUUACUGAAAGAAUAUGACAAGAAACUGCGGCCGGAUAUCGGAGUCAAACCAACCGUCAUAGACGUCGACAUAUUUGUGAACAGCAUCGGCCCAGUGUCGUCCAUAAACAUGGAAUAUCAAAUCGACAUCAUCUUCGCCCAGACAUGGACAGACAGCCGUCUCAGAUACAACAGCACAAUGAAAAUACUGACUUUGAACAGCAAUAUGGUCGGACUUAUUUGGCUACCAGACACCAUCUUCAGAAACUCCAAGAAGGCCGAUUCCCACUGGAUUACGAUGCCCAACCAGCUGCUCCGGAUAUGGAAUGAUGGGAAGAUACUUUACACCCUGAGGCUGACGAUAAAUGCAGAAUGCCAGCUGCAGCUGCACAACUUUCCGAUGGAUGAGCACUCCUGUCCGCUCAUCUUCUCCAGCUAUGGAUACCCACGAGAUGAGAUGAUUUACAAGUGGAGGAAGAACUCUGUGGAGGCGGCUGACCAGAAGUCCUGGCGUCUCUACCAGUUUGAUUUUAUGGGCCUGAGAAACACGACAGACAUUAUAAAGACCACAGCAGGGGACUAUGUGGUGAUGACGGUGUACUUUGACCUGAGCAGGAGAAUGGGUUACUUCACCAUCCAGACUUACAUCCCCUGCAUCCUCACCGUGGUCCUGUCCUGGGUUUCCUUCUGGAUCAAAAAAGACGCCACACCAGCCAGAACGGCUUUAGGUAUAACCACAGUGCUGACUAUGACGACUCUCAGCACCGUGGCCAGGACGUCACUACCCCGAGUGUCUUACGUCACCGCCAUGGACCUUUUCGUCACCGUCUGCUUCCUGUUCGUCUUUGCCGCUCUGAUGGAAUACGCAACAUUAAAUUACUACUCGUACAGCACCAGAAGACCCAGCUGCAUGGAACAUAAAAGAUCAAACUACUCUGUCCUGGAUGUGCGACCUCCACACACCGUCAUCGCUUUAAACAACUCCAUGUACUGGCAGGACUUUGAGGACGCUUGUGUCUACGAGUGUCUGGAUGGAAAAGACUGUCAGAGCUUCUUCUGCUGCUUUGAGGAGUGUAAAGAAGGCGCCUGGAGAAAAGGACGCGUCCACAUAGAUCUACUUGAACUGGACGCAUAUUCACGCGUCUUUUUUCCCACCUCCUUCUUACUGUUCAACGUGGUCUACUGGGUGGGCUAUCUCUACCUUUAGCACGCUGCAGGAGGUUUCAAAAGGAGGACAGCACAACAAGUUUAAAAAGGUAACGCCAAAUAAACUCAGUGACCUGGAGAUGAGCCUGUGCCGAGCAGGGAGGACAGGAUGGACUGCGUGCUAGUGACAAUACAUAGACAAAAGACAGAAAUGUGCUUUGUACUGUUACCCCAAAACUUCUCAAUCAGGAGGAUGACUUGAGAUGUAGGGAAUGUACAGGCGCGUUAUUAUCCAGCCAUCAGUCAAAUCCAGUUGAUGAAAAUCCAAGGACAUUCAAACCAUUCAUAGUGCCUUCCUCUGGAGGGGUAGAUAGUAUCUGCUACAAUAAUCAGGGAAAAAUGAUUUAUAAAAAAAUAAAAAAAAAUACAAGAGCCUGGCUUUGACUGAUUAUGGCUGCUCUCAUUCAGAGCUUUGAGUUACAUUUAUACAACAGGCGUUUGUUGUUAACAACCACAUGAAGAAUCAUUAGGUUCCUAUCGCUUCAUACUCACUUUCGGCCAUUAGGCGUGACUCAUUCCUCUGGCUUGCAGCACGAUUAGUGCCCCUUAUAAGUUUCAGUAAAUAAAUUGGUUUCCAGGGAAGAAAGAUCUGAAUAGCCUUACAGCAGAAGUAAUAAUUUGUGCUUUAUUAGCAUAUUUCUCUACGUUUUAGGGCAUGAAGUCAAUUAUUCUAAUGGUUCUUUGUAAUUUAGAUAAGUUUUUGUUUGAACAGGGACAGAUCUUUCAUUAGGGGAUCUUUGGUGUGUACACUGGGAAAUAAAAUGAUGGGAAAGUCCCUUUAAUAAUUUGAUAAUUGAGCACAGAUCAUAUUUUUAAAGAAUAGUUUUAAGAUAUUUGAUGCCACUCUGUUAAUACUAAGAUUGAUGUGACUUUCGUGUCUGAAUGCUAAAAAGAAGCUGAAGCCAGCAGCCGGUUAGCUUAGCUUAGCAUAAAGACGGAAAGUUUAUGUACUAGUAGUUGGGAUAUUGUAAGGGUUGUAAACAAACAAGCUGUGAUGUAUUAGUUGGCUUUAUUUUUUUACUUGGACAGAGCAAAGCUAACUAUUUGCCCCUGUUUUAAGACUUUAUGCUAAGCUAACCACCUGCUGGUUGUAGCUUCAUAUUUAGCAUUCAGAUAUGAGAAUCAAUCUUCUCAUCGUCACGUAUUUUCCAAUGAAAUGAAAUGAGAUCAAUGAGUAUUAUUGUUUUGAUAGGAGUCAUAUAUAAAGGACUGAGUGAGUGAUGAAGUUACACCGCCGAGUGUUGGACUUUUCCCAUUGGCUGUUGCUCUUUCAAAAUGAUUUGGCGCUAACAGUUUCUGUGACGUGGUCAGGGGCCAUUUACAGAGGAUCCACAACAGUUUUCAACAACUGUAUUUCCUCGCAUAGUGACCGUGACCUUUAGUUACCCCAACUGCAGUAGGUAACUGGCCUUGAUUGCUAUUGGUCUGCACCUGUUUGCCCUGCAUAACCAAGACUCAAAACUUCCUGUAACUGUUUGCCCUCUAGCGUUUCAGUGGACAGAAACCCUUUAUUUCAUAACAGGACUUUUAUUUCUGGGCUGACGUGCUGCAGUAAGCAGCUGUGUCCGAAUUCAAGGGCACCGUCCUUCAGAGGACGUGGUGUUUUAAGUUGUGGCCCCUUGACAACACGUAACUUUUUUUUCACAACAACUUGAGAUUUUAAGGCCCUUGGUUUUAACAGUUGUACCGUAGCUGUUGAACUGAGCUGAAACCCAAUACUCUAUCCCUGCUGUUGUUUGCUGCUAUAUAAUUCAUUAUCAAGACGCAAUGAAUCUUGGGAUAGGUUGGGCCGUGAAAUGGGACAACCUAGUUACGCCGCUGUGAUGCAAUCGGUCUUCAAAUGCAGCCUCCAAAGCAUGCGGCCCCUAAAUUGGGAAUGGCUAACGUAUUGUCUCAUUUCCAGUCGCUGAUGUUUCUGAUUUUUUGACCAGUUCACCAAUGUGGCGGCCAACCGGGAUUUCACCUGGAGCUCCCGAUGACCAGUCAGGAUAGACUACGGGACAGUCUCAGAACAUUAUGCUAUUGCAUUGUGAGAUUAUUUUUAAAAAUAAUUGUUUUGGAACAGCUGCCCAAUUGGCGCUAUCCAUGGUACUGAAAGGGGGAUUUAAAUCUCUGGCAUGUUAAAUUAACAUUUAACUAUUUGUUUAGUUGUGUAUGAACACAUCCCCCAUGUUAUCCGCAUGAGGAAAGGACAAGGUACUUGAUUGGACGAGUAAAGACACUCUGCUCUGGACUGUGAUACGAUUUGAUUUUACCUGCACACACCUAUACAUAUGUUUACCCCAAGUCUUGUUCUCUUUACGGGAAUGCUUACAUUUUUAGGGGUUAAAUAUAAUUGCAGAGAGUAGACAUAACAAAUGAGUUUUUGUUUACCAUGUGCAUUGUUACAGAUUGGGGCCUUUCACAAAAGAUGCAUAUUAAGUGUUAUUUUUCUAGAUGAUAGACAUACUCACAACGUGUAUUGGUGUUGCACAGCAGCCUCUUCUUGCCAGAGCUCUUAGCACACAGUAUAUAAAGUGAAUAAUAAAAAGAAUUGUCUCUUCUUUCAGCUGUUAAACUAACAACAACCCUACAGUUCUUUUCCUAACACAGUUGGAGAAUGGGAUGCCACGAAUUAAACAUAACGGGCGUUAUUUGUACAUUACUUUAGGCACAAAUAUAAUAAUCCCACUCGUUAGGUUCACUCAUCUCUGUUUAGCCGUUGACUCUUGUUUGCAUGCAAUAGACAAUUAAACAUUAUCCUGAAGAAGCUGUAACACGUUGGGAAAUAGAAUCAUAGUUUUAAUAUGGACUGUCAGUAUCAUAAUUUGAUUUCCCUGUGUUUAGACUUGGCAUUAGCAACCGUUGAAUUGCCUUAGUGUAGCCCUCCCAGAGCUGAGAUGAACAACAGAAAUACAUAUUUACCUCUGAUAAUAACCUCAGCAUGGUGAAGACCUCACUGCAGCGAAGGCUACUUCUAUGCCUUGGGCAGUAACUUAAGUGGGACUUUUUAUAUCCCUUUUUUGAGCUGUUUUCUUUUUAUUAUAUUUGCAAUAUAUGUGCCAAAUAUUUCACAUAUGUGCCCAGUCACUCAUGUUUUCAGGCAAGUUUGAACAACCCUAAAACAGCUAUAUUAAUAUGUUUUUGAUACUGCACACACAGUAUAGUGUGGUGGUAGAAACCUUUAGAAGAAAAAGAAAUGUAUUAUAUGUAGAUAAUGUUGGCUUUUGAAAUGUGGUGUAUUUAGGGACUGCCAGGGUUGAUGCUGCGUUCACACUGUGGCAGUCUGCACUAGAAGUGAAACUCGACGCUCAUUAUUUCCACUAGGAGAAAAACAGUAAACUCCGCCAGCACUGGUGUAAAGUGCCACCUACUGUGCCUGCAAACAAGACAAACAAGAUACUGAAUGAAAAUGGAUGCAGCCACAUAUGUAAGUGCACAUGCUCAUCACGUCUCCUCAGCAAACACUGACAGCAGCUCUUCUGACUGUCUUUUUGGUUCUGUUGUUUGGCAUUUAUACCAGUUACCAUACUUUAUAACAAACACAGAAGUUAAUCUGCCACAUGUGGCAUUUUGUUGGCCACAGUGUGAAUGCAAACCUGUUGUUUUAUAGCACAUUUUUGCAGGGCUUGUUGAUUCAUUACUCUGUUGAGCCCAGAUGUUAGUGUUCCGACUCCCUUCUCCUAACAGUUGAAGGGAAAUGCAAUAAGGUAUUCUGAGUGGUGCUAUACUUUACAAUAACUCUUGCAUUUCCAUGUUGGUGUAAAAAAGUGAUUUAAGUUCCAAGAACACGCACUUUUUGUGGCGGUAUACUGUACGACAGAUCUCAUGCUGGUUUCCUCACCAGCUGAGUCACGUCACAUUCAUUUGUAAGUUUGUAUUCUGCCAAAUGGGCCCCGACUAUUGAAAUCAUACUGACUGUCGACUAAACAGAGUCUAAAACACACAACUGCAACAGACACAAGACAGUUCCUGCAACACUUAACUAAAUAAAACUGAGGCGUAAAAGGUCAAGAGUUAUCGUGAACAUGGCUCCAUGGCAGUUUGCAAAGAUCAUUACUAUCAAAUUUUCAAGUAAGAUCAUAUUUAUAUGACUUAGAAUUGGCUUUCCUGAAGAAGUGAAACUGCCCAGAGGGAGUGUUAUAACCUCUUGUUUUGUAAAUGCAUGUAAAUGUUUGUAUAUUCCGAGGCUGGUAAGUAAACAGCUGUUAAUGCUAACAUUGGCAAUGUAGCAAUAGCAAAACUUACAAAGAGCUCCUUUAAAUUGGAAAAAAAAAAGAUUUGAGUGCAAGUGUUGCUCUGCACAUAAGGGAUUUACAUAGAACAUUCAUGGAUCCUCAUGAGUGAUUUGAUUUCGCAUGUUGUCAGAUUCGGACAAAACGAAGUGAAUGUGCCUCUGAUGUGUUAAACUGAUAAACUGGUCGUCCCCUCUGCUCCCGACGAGAAGUCUGAGGUUUUAAAAAGCCAAAUUUCCACCCUCCUUCCCGUAUUUACUUUCCGUAUUGAUUUUGAGCAGCAUGUUUUUUCCAGCUGGACAGUUCACAUUUUUCAUUAUUACACCGGGAGAAACACAGGGAGAGAUUCAGGCUGCGAUUUGAUCCCAGGAUCAUGUGGGCAUGUUCGUGGCUCCAGACUGAACCAGUGAACCAGCGCUGGGCACCGUGUCAUCUGUGCCAAGGAUCAGCAGGACUUUAUGCUGAUGGGGCAGGUGGGUGGGGAGUUUAGAAAUUAAACUUAUCGGUCUGCCACUAAUGUGCUAUGUAAACCCCUUGCAAAGAAAGCAAUGUAUUUUAUGAAUUUGAAAGUUUUGUCACUUAAACUGAGAGUUUUCAGAGUAUUAGUGCAAUUUUGGUGACUUGAAGUACAAUAAACUCACUUCAGUCAGAUUGCACUGAUUCUAAGCCACAUCCAGUAAAUAUUAUUGUGUGAAUAAGCCAAAGACAUUUCUGUUUCAGUUUAUUCUCUGAUAGUUGAAAUCAUGUUUGAGGAAAUUGUUGUGUUUAAAAAAAAAAAAAAAAAAAAAAAAAAAAAAUAGUCCAGCUUCCAUGUAUUCAGUGCAGUACAGUGAAGUGUCAUUUAAAUGGAAACUAUGAGCGUAACAGAAAUAAUUAGCCUAGAAAUGCUUAAAGAUGGUAUUUGUCAUUUCAUCCACUGUUGUACUAUUUGUGGCAGAAAUCCAACUGACAGCUCCUGUGUGCUGGAGACCGACGCGUGUCUCUGCAGCUGGACACACACUGUGUUUCUACCACUGGUUUUCCUUCUGUAGCCGAACGUUUGCGCUCUGCGUUGUGUUUCAGCAGUGGUGAAUCAUAUUUCUGUUGACAUGUAUUAUCUGCUAUCUAACUUACUGUAUACAAAAUACGCAACUGUACACUUUUCCUGCUUUUGUGUUGUUUUGUUUUGUUUUUUUUUCCAUAUUUUCUGCUUCAGUGUGACACACGGUAGAUAUUUCAUUACUCAGUGGUACAGUCAAGUGCAAGUGUUGAGAUUGUACGCCUCAACAGCGUGGUGUCCUGUGAGUGGGGUUGUUUUGAUGACAUUGCUCCUUCAGUAUCUACAGUCCAUUUCAGAUUAUCAUGCUAUUUUCAUACCUAUGGAUCUGAAAUGGGCAUUACUACCAAGGACCAGAAAAUAUCAAAUAAAGGUUUGUUUUUUUAAAUAAAUGUACAUCAGUGCAAUCAAUCGAUCACUCUUGCGUUUCAAAUGUUAUUUGUUUAAAAGCGUUUAAAUUCAGGCUAUAUUGGGUUUUAUUAGAAAAUGUGCCUCCUAAUAGACAAUGUCUUACCUCAGCUGCUCUUUGUGCACCUCUGGUGUUUUGUCAAAAAUAAUUGCUGGACAAGAUGAAAUGCAUAAUGGGACAUAUUAGGGAACUUCUAACUACAACCUGCAAAAGAAAAAUGAGAUCACCGCCAGUCUCCAUAGUUGCACCUGAGCAAAAAUAUUCAAACCCUUUAUUUGUUUCAUGUCAUUUCCGUCACCCUACGGGAGAAAAGGAACAGAACAGUUUUCUUUUCAACUUAAAAUCAAAGCAAAUUGAACUACAGUCUUUCUUCAAAUUCAAUUGUACAUGUCUGAAAUUCAAUAAAGGUUUUUCAACCUACAGGAGUA